AUGGUCGGCCUUCAAGACCCCCACCGCAUGGGGUCGACGCGGCUGUCCGUGGAGAAGGUCGCGCGCGGCGUGAAUGGCAUCUCCAAGGCCAACCUUGGGGAGGACUGGCGGUUCGGCAAGGCGCCGUACAGCCAGUCGAACCCGGCGCCGCAGGUGAGUGUCUGGUCUCCUUACUUUGCUGCCGCGCACCUUCUCAUCCGUCCUGACGCGACGCGGGGGGUACUUCUGAACGCGAUUCGGCAUCCUUACGCCCGGGCCCCGUCGCAGGUGGCGCCGGUGGCGCCAGAGGAGCCCGCGGCUCACGACGGGGAGGAGGUGGCCGAGUCCGACGCCGAUGCUGGGCGUCGCGCGGCCGCGACCGCCGAAGGGGCCGCGUUCCGCAGGAGCUGGUCCGACCUUGCCAACCAGACCAAGGUGGAGGGACGGGCCAACUCGGACCUCGGCUUGGAUCCGAACGACGCCGAAGCCUUGGCCUGGCAGGACAGGAACCGGGCCGAGGCGGCGCUGGAGGCGGCGUCGGUCCGGGCUUGGACCGACGCGGCGGCGGCAUGGGCGCGACCCGGCGCGGAGCCGGCCUGGCGCGAGAUGCCGGAGGGCACGGUGGUGGAGGCGACGGUCUUUGAGCCGUCGUCGGUGAGGGAGCGCGGCCGUGGAGGCCGGGCUGAGGUGGUGAUCCCCGGCCGGCAGGUCGUGGAGGUGGAGGAUGACACCCCACCGCGGGCCGACGUGGUCGAGCGAGCGGGGGUUGAUGGUGGUGGUGGCGGCGUCGUUUUGGAAGAGACGCCGCCGGUUUUGGAGGAGGCACCGUGGGCGGCGGUGCCGGAGGCCACCCCGGCAGCUGGGCCGGAGAUGGCGACGCAGGGCGUCCCGGCGUCCGGGUCAGAGACGGCGACGCAGGGUGUCCCGGCGCCCGGGUCAUCGGAGGAGGUGUUGGCCGCGUCGCGAGCGGCCAGCGGGGAGUACGCCUUGGUGCCCCGGCAGGGGGGGCGCGGAGCUCCCGUGCCGCAGCCGGCGCGGAGCGGGGGCGCCGUUGUCUUCGGGCCUCAGACCCAGGAGGAGGCGGCGUUGGACGCCGUCAGUCGCCGCCUGCGAGGCCGGACGGAAUGGCUCGAGGCCUUCGCCCAGACCGAGGUGGAGCGGACGCGCGACCUGGAGCGCGCCGUUCUACAUCUCGACGGCUUCCGGGUCGCCGCCUUCAAUCGUCUCCGGAGCAAGCACCGGGAGCUCAGGGAGCAGCUUGCCGCCAAGGAGGAGGAGCUCCGCGUCGCCGCAGCCGAGGUGCUGUCCUGGCGGACUCGUCUGCUCGGGGCCGGUCAUCACUACGACCGGCUCGUUGCCGACACCGGCCGUCUUGGAGUCGAGGCGGCGCAGGCGAGGGCGGAGGCGGCCGCGGCUCGGUGGUCUCUCGACGAGGCCAACCGGCUGCAUGAGCAGCUGGCGGGUCACAAGAGCCGCCUCGAGGCCGAGGUGGGGCUCAUUAAGGCGGAAGCCGCCAAGGUGGCAGAGGCGCAGCAGGCCCUGGUGGAGGCGGACCAGCAGCGCGGCCAGCUGGCCGACGACAAGGGCCGGCUCCAGGCCGAGGUGGAUCGCCUGCGGGGGCAGGUCACCACGGCUGAGGGGGCUCGUCAGGACGAGGCCCGUCGCCGCGAGGCGGCCGAGAAGGCGGCCGAAGACAAGGACGCCGAGCUGAAGGCGCUCGAGGAGCGUGACCGCGCCAUCGAGCGGGAGCGGCGUGGUACGUUACUUGAGGCGCAGCACCUGGAAGAGUCCUUCUCCAGGGCCUUCCCAGAGACGCAGCGGCUGGCGGAGGAAGCCGUCCGCUAUCAGCGCGACCCGACCGGCGUCGCUGGGUCCGGGAUGGAUCCGCGGGUGGCCUGGACCUUCUCAGAGAUCAUCGCCACUGCUGAGGCCCGCCUGCAGGUCUGGGAACGCAGUUGGGGAGGCUGUCCCAGGCCGGCACCGCAAUGA